AGCCCUGCCCCCUGGCUGGGCGUCCCCACCCCACAGGCUCCCCGCCCCUAAAUUGCAUUUUCACCUUCCGAAGAUGGCGGCGGCGGUGGCCCUGAGCCUGGGGUGGGGCUGAGAGAGGCAUCCACUCCUGGACGCGGGAGGACUCCGAGCAUCCAGGUGGGCAAUCCCGUCCCUCAGCACCAUGCUCCGAAGGCUUCUGGACAGGCCCUGCACCUUGGCCCUCCUCAUCGGCUUCCAGUUUGCCUUCAUGGCUUACUUUUCCUUCGGGGGCUUCCGGAACCUGGCCUCCAUCUUUGGGCACGAUUCCAACCCGUCUUUUGACUACUCCCGGACCCACGACGUCUACACCAACUUCAGCCUCUUGCCUCAGCAGCAUGGCAGCCCCGCCGGAGCCUUUCCCUACUGCCCCGAGCGGUCGCCGUACCUCAUUGGCCCCCUGACAGUGAGCUUCGGCCACGUGCCAACGCUGGAGCAGAUCCAGGAGAAGAACCCGGCAGUGGGUGUCGGGGGCCGGUACCGCCCUUCCGCCUGCGAACCGCACUCCCGCACGGCCGUCAUCAUCCCGCACCGCAACCGGGAGACUCACCUCCGCCACCUGCUCUACCACCUGCACCCCUUCCUCCAACGCCAGCAAAUCCAGUAUGGCAUUUACGUGGUGCAUCAGGCCGGGAACGCCACUUUCAACCGGGCCAAGCUGCUGAACGUGGGCGUGAAGGAGGCCCUGAAGGACGAGGACUGGAACUGCCUCUUCCUCCACGACGUGGACCUCAUCCCCGAGAACGACCACAACCUCUACGCCUGCGACCCCUGGAGCCCCAAACACGUGUCCAUCGCCAUGAAUAAGUUCGGCUACAGCUUGCCGUACUCUCAGUAUUUCGGAGGCGUCUCUGCGCUCACCCCCGACCAGUAUCUGAAAAUCAACGGCUUCCCCAACGAGUAUUGGGGCUGGGGAGGAGAGGACGACGACAUCGCUACCCGGGUGCGUCUGGCUGGGAUGAAGAUCGUCCGGCCUCCCGUCUCCAUCGGCCACUACAAGAUGGUGAAGCACAAGGGGGACCAAGGCAACGAGGAGAACCCACACAGAUUUGACCUGCUGAUCAGGACGCACCGGAGCUGGACUCAGGACGGCAUGAACUCCCUGAGCUACAAGCUCCUGUCCAAGGAACUGCUGCCUCUCUACACCAACAUCACGGCCGACAUUGGCACGAAUCCCAGAGCCAAGAAAGGCGGCAAAGGGGCCCUCCCUAGCCUCGGGGGGAGGAACUACCCCACCGGCAGCAACCAUGACUUCCGGCAAGAGAUGCUGCGCAAGACGCCCUUCGCCAAGCUCUCCCGGGCCAUGGGUUGGGGGAAGGUGCCUUUUGGGAGCGUCCAGGGCCUGCUGGACUUCGGGAAGGAAGAACAGCCGGCUCGGAAGGCGGAGAAGCCCAAAGCGGCUCCGGCAGCAGGGAAGGAGGGGAACGGGUGGCCGAAUCGGACCACCGAUAGCGCCAGGCACACGAUCCGAAGAACCCCCGGCCCGGAAGCGGCCAAGCACACGGCAGAAGAGGGGGGCAAAGAGAAGGCCGGGCGGCCGGGGCCGGGCCCAGGAGCCACCAGACUGGCCUCGACACCCCAGAAGCCUGUGAGCAACCGCACGGGGCUGGAAACCACUGACUGAGGAGAGCCUGGUGGGAACGCUGCUGGCGCAAGCAACGGCAGCCCCCUCCCGGCCGGGGUUCCGGCACUUUCCACGGGGGUCGAGAACCUGUUGUAGGAGUCGCACUACUGCUGCGGCCCAGAGGCCUUCGGGGUCCCCGCCCCCCGCCCUUGGGGCUGCUAGGGGGGCAGUCUGAGGGGAGGCCUGGCCGCCCCUGCUCGGACCACGGAGAGAGGGGUGGGUGUGGGUGGGAGGAGGCCUUCGCCAAGCUCCCGUCACCACUGGAGGCCGGGGAGCCUCGCCUUCCCAAGGGCAGGAACGCCUCCCGGAGGUCCUGCCCCACUCAGUGCAAGAGCACCCUCCCCCCAAUCACUUUCCCCCAUUCUGCUUGGGGGGGGGCACAGCCCACGGCCAAGUACUACUGGUGUCUGUAUUCACUGUUAAGGAUAAUCACUUUGACUUGGAGGUGUGUGUGUGUGUGUGUGUACACUGAAACCAGCCAGCCUUGUAUUCAGUGGGGCGCAGUGGUGGAAGAGAAGGCUGGCCCCACCACCUUGUGACGGUGGCGGGACCCACACACUCAGGCAGCCUCCACCAGAGCCCGGCCUCUGGCUUUCGCUGACCCGGGUUUGAAUCUGCCGCUGCCGCCGUCUCGGACUGCUCCCUGCCCUAUGUAAAAGUGGGGUGGGUGUAUUCUGUCCUCCACCCUGCAGACCGGUGCUGCUGAGCGAGUUACUGGCUGGCAGGGGAAGAGGAGCCACUUUCUACCCCACUUCUCAGCCCGUGUCCCAGAUCCUGCGUAGCAACGGCGCCUUCCUUCAUCCCCGCCCCCCCCGUUUCGCUUCGGGCCGGGCCCGCUGGGGACCUUGCAGACAGAGAUUCCCACUGUGAGCUCGGAAGAAGCGUCCGGGGAGGGGGGAAGCUUUGCCCCACCCCCACCCCCAAACCUGCAGGAAGAGAAGGCGUCGCGGCAAUUCAACACCCGGCUGUGCUGCAACUUAGCCACGAGCCUUAGGAUGAUGUGGGUGGUGCCCCUCUUGCCGCGCCCCCCCCUCUCCUCGCUUCCACCUGAGCCCGGCGUGGCACGGGGAAGAAGGAAUCCUUGCCCAGGAGGGAGCCCAUCCUCUGGUUUGCAUUGAGCCCCCACGCCUCCUCCUCCAAAGGGGGCCACUUGAUGGCUCAGCGUCCCAGUGGCUCUCCCUCUCUCUCCCUCCAGCCCCACGGGCCAGGGACUUCUUCCCACCGAGGGGCGGGAAGCGGACUCCCCAGGCUCACAGAAUGUCCGUCGCCACGACCUUUUGUAGCCCCACUUUUGUAGAGCUCCUCUCCCCCCCCCCCAAACUAAGCUGGAAGACGUGUGAACAGAACUUGCAGGCUAUUCUGCCCCCCACCCGGACCCUGCACUCUCUCCCCCCUCCCCUCUCUCUCAGGGCUGGUCCCAGCCUACAAUCUGCCCCCUCUUCCUACCUCCCCCCCCCGCCCCCAGCUCUCCGCCACUGGCCGAACCUCCUCUUCCUCCUCUCCUCGUGUGUGCGUCUCACAAUCUCUCGCUGUCGCCAACCGAGUGUAGUAAUUUAUUCUAUUUAUGAAGUCUUCUCUCUGGUUGUAGCUACUGCGGUCGCCUUGUCCUCUUUCCCAACCUGCCCUCUGUUUUUGAUAACAUUGUGUUUUUUUUAAAAAAAACAACAAAAUAAAUAUUGUCCAAUUGACUUGA